AUGGGUGAACUUGAAGGCCGUAUUUUGGCAAGGCAACUCGGAAGGCAUAUCCGAUUGGAAUAUGCAACCGGUGUUUGCAGCCAUACCGUCUUUCAUCCCCUUUUUCUGAGCCUCGUCUCAUUGAAAAUCACUGUUAUGAUUUCCGAUUUUGAAAUUUCUGGUGUUUCUUUGUUCGUCUUUGUCUCACUUUCAAUCUCAUUUAUUUAUGGUGUUAUUGACAACGCAUCAUUCUCCAAGAAAAUGAUUCAUUUAUACCCCAAACUAAUUAAGGUUGGCAUUUGA